GCUGAACAAAAAUUCAUAAUUCCUGCCAAAAAUAGAAAACAUCACAUAUUUUCGUAUAUAGGUAAUUACAUUAUUGAAGCCUAUUGAGAAUGGAUUGUAAGGGAAAAGCGUCGAAUUGCUUUGAGUGUAUCCGUUAUCGGUACCCCAAUAUCGAUAAUGAAGUGUUGGAUAUCUUAUACGAACACACGUCGCUCGAAACGAGCAUUAAUCUACGAGCUUUCACCGAUAAAUACAGGUUGCGCACAGGCAAGGAGUUCUCAAUGCAUCGGGGCGUUAUAAGAGCCACCGAGUUUUUACACGGCUUAAGCUUCCUGCCAGGUGAAAUCGGGAAUGCCAUAUUUUUUAGAUUGGAACCAUUUCAAUGAAUUUUUAUUUAAAUAAAAAAAUUUUAAAAACGUUUUUUAUAUAUUUAUAUGUGAGAGUACAGGCCUGCUUGUUUGGCAUAGAUAUCGUAUACUCUGCUUAAACUAAACUUAUAUUAUAACAAUAAAUG